ACGAUCGUCAGUCGAUUAUUACAGUUACUAGUCGGUCGGUCACAAGUUUAUUUAUUAUAUUAUUUAAAAUAAUAUAAUUUUUGUGUGAAUUUAUUAUUUAUUAAAAAAAUAAAAAUAAUUUAUUAAUGUUAAAAAAAAUGUUAAGUUAAAAAAUAUAAUUUAAUAAAAAAAUAUUUAAAAAAAUUACUGCUGGGUCAGUAAAGAAACAAAAAAUAAAAUAAAAAUCAAUUAAACGAAAAAUUCUCAAAUAAAUAAAAAAUAAGUGAAAAUGGGAGCUGAACCAACAGAAAAAUCAAAUCGUGAAGUCAACACAGAAAAAUCGCCAACGGGAUGGGGCGUCCGUCAUACUCAAGCUCUUUUGCUGUUCUUGUGUCUCUUGAUGGCUUACGCCCUUCGCGUGAACAUGUCAGUUGGUAUCGUGGCGAUGACAGACCGAAAUUCUUCCAAUCCGGAUUUUGAGGAGUUUUCGUGGAACGAGAAGACAAAAGGUGUCGUUUUGAGUAGUUUCUUCUGGGGAUAUGUCUUUACGCAAAUUCCCGCGGGACAACUCGCUCAACGAUUUGGUCCGAAAAUUUUGUUGCUCAUUUCGAUUGGAACGUGUUCGGCAUUGGCAGUUUUGACACCGAUUGUGGCAACUUAUGGCGGAUGGCAGGGACUUGUGGCGUUGCGGAGUAUUCAGGGAUUGUCACAAGGAUUUAUUUUUCCGUCGACACAUACGUUGUUGUCGCGAUGGGCUCCGGUUUCGGAAAGAGGACGCAUUGGCACGUACUGUUACGCUGGAUCGCAAUUUGGAACGGUGCUGAUGUUGUCGAGUUCGGGAUUCCUGGCGUCUUCGUCGAUGGGAUGGCCGAGCAUUUUUUACAUUUCUGGAGCAUGUGGGUUGGCGUGGAGUGUUUUGUGGUUCUUCUAUGGCGGAAAUUCACCUGCCGAAUAUAAACGCAUUUCGCAGGAGGAGAAGGAAUUCAUCCAAACGUCUCUUGGAUCGACAGAUCACAAGAAAAUUGUGACACCAUGGAAAGCCAUGUUAACAUCUGCUCCAAUGAUUGCCCUCAUUAUCGUUCAUUCCGCCCACAAUUGGGGCUUCUGGACAUUACUCACCGAAAUGCCGGCUUACAUGAAGAACGUCCUUGAUCUUGACAUUAAAAAGAACGCCUUGUUGUCGGCACUCCCAUACUUCUGCAUGUGGAUCGCCAGUAUGGUGCUCAGUCCAAUUUCCGACUACAUAACGAACAAGGGAAUCCUCUCGACGGAAGCUUCCCGCAAAGUUUUCAACAGUAUCGGAUUAUGGGGACCAAUGUGCGCCUUAUUGGGAUUAGCUUACGUGCCAAAAGGAAGUGUCGAGUUGGCAGUUGCUCUUUUAACGACAGCUGUUGGUAUCAAUGCCGCCACUUAUUUGGGCUUCCAAGUAAAUCACAUUGAUUUAGCUCCUAAUCACGCUGGAACGAUGAUGGGUAUCACAAACUGCGCUGCCAAUAUCAUGUCUUUCUUAGCUCCACUCGUUGUUGGAUUUGUACUUGAUGACGCUAAAAAUCCUGACCAAUGGAAAAUCGUCUUCUUCAUCUCAGCGGCCAUUUAUUUCUUCGGAAACUUACAAUUUGUGAUCUUUGGCAAGGCAGAAAAGCAAUGGUGGAAUAACUCAACGAAAGGUAAGGAUGCCGAGGAACCACAAAGGCGACCAAGUAUUGCCGAGGCGCAAUAUUAAUUUAAAUUAAUUUUUUUCUACUUUUAUGAGUAAUUUAGUGAUAGUUCAAAAGUCGCAUGAAAAGUUUUAUAAAUUGUGAAAAUUCUCAAGAGAUUCACAAUUUAUAGAACUUUUCAUGGAUAAUAACACAGCAGGACGAAAUGCGUAAAUUUUUUUCUUGGAAAUCAAACGAAAAUUGGUUAAUGACAAAAAUAAGAAUAAAAAAAAUAUUUUCCGUCAAUGACUUCUGUUGUGUCGAUUAUUUUGAUUGAUUUGUAGAGAGUAUAUUAAUUGUUAUUCUACUCGUUAUCUAACUUAUAAUUACGUUUUUAUUGUAAGUUAAGUCAGUAAUUAAUACGAUUUUUUUUCUAUAAGUGAAUAUUUUUAUUAUGAUGAUGAUGAAAAAAUAAAGAAUUUGAAUAAAUA